AAUUGCCCGGGCGUUUUUGUAAAUAUCUAUGUUCUUCUGUAUUUAUAAAAUUUUGUAGUUAGUUUUGGAAAUCAAAAGCAGCCAAUUACUUGAUUUGACUCUUCUGUGGGAUAUUAAAGACAUUUUUUAUUGUAUUAUAUUUUGUUUUAUGAAAAAGUAUUUCUCUUUCGCAUCUGAUAAUAAGCUUAAGAAAAGGAGAGAGAAAUGGCUGAGGAAGAAAUCUGUGGAUUUCUAGAUGUCAAGUUUUGUGGUAGCAAGUCCAAAGUUCAUAAGGUAAAAAAGAGAACAUUGGGCCCUUGGAAAGUUUGGAAAAGGCAUUGGUGUUCCUUUCAAAAACUAGGUUCUGAAUUAGGAGUCAGAGUAAAUCUUGAUUAUUGUAUUGGCAACGAUAAUAGUUCAUCAUCAAAUGACAAAGAAAAUUUCAUAGUAAUACCAUUGGAUGCCAUUAUUUGCCGUACCCAAUCUAGAUCUAAGCAAUUUGCUUUUGGUAUAUUUCCUAUCAAAGAUAGGAAACCAUUGCUCUAUUUAGCUGGUAAUUCAGAGACAGAGUCACAGCGGUGGAUGGCAAAUAUUAGACAGCUAUUAAGACCUAGAAAGAUUAAAUUUGUACCAGGAUCUUAUAAAAUAUCUAUGGUAGACAAUCCACAUUCCAAAGCAUCAGGAUUGACAGAACUUUUUUCAGGACUAUAUGGUGAUUUGAUAACAAGCACAUUAGGAGUAAUAAUAAAGGAUAUUCAUUCUGGUGAAACAUUAGAGAAUUUUGAGUGGGAUGAACUAAAUCAGUUUCACUUGAUCACGGCAGGACGACCAGAUGACGUUAAAUGUAUUUGUGUGAUUCAUACAUCAAAAAAAUUCCGUGCUGGAAUUGGUGAACUACAUUUGUUUUGUUUAGAAGCUGGUAAAUUGUUGCAAGAUUUGGUAACUCAGGGCCGUGGUCCAAGACACAAGCAAACUAAUGGACGACCUUUAAGCUUAAGUGAAGGUGAUAUUAGAGCAAUAUCCCAUGAUGAACGUUUGCGAAGUUAUUCAGUAACAACUGGAAGAAUGGAAUUAAAAAUAUUAUCUAAAAGAAGAGAAUCUAAUGAAAGAUAUGAAGAAAUAAGCUAUAGAGUGUCUGGUAAAAUAAAUGAGGAUGUUUAUCAGCCAGAACCAUAUGGCCAUUAUCAUGUUAGAAGAUACUCUGAUAUUUCUGCAACUUCUGGGAUUUAUGAAGAAAUUCCAGAUGAAUCCGACAUGAGUGCAGUAGCUGCCUCAAAUUUUUAUAUGGAGAAUCUCUUUUGUAAUCGACUGUCGGAAGAGCCACCACCUUUGCCUCCACGUCAGAGGUGCGCUUCAGAGUCCAUGAAAGGAAGCAGGUUGCAAGAUAUUCGGGCUUCUGGACCUAGUAGUUUACCUUUAACAUCUCAUAAAAACUCUGUACGAAUCGAGAAAAAUAAUUUAGGAUUCCAAAGAAUAACGGAUGAGUCUAAUUACGUUCCCAUGUCACCUCGAUUAAAAGAUAUCACGUUAGUAGAAAUGCAAGCGGCUCUACAAGAAAAUGAUUACGUUAUUAUGCGAUAGACGGGGCAUCAAUUGUGCAGUAAACAAA